GAGUCACGUGUUCAUGCUGAGCAUCCUUCGCAGAUCCAGCAGGCUGUGUGGCGUGUCUUCACUAGGUUACGAUAUGGGCCAGCUCGACUGCCGCCGUGUGUAGUCGCAGCAUCUCUUGCCUCUGUUUUUUUCUACCGCCUGACUGCUCUCUGAAAUCGCAGGUUAUGCCACCCCAAAGGAUUCCAGGAUCCCCAGCCGUGAAAGAGAAGGGCUGAGCUCCAUUUUCCCCCAGGCUCCUGCUGUUUUGCACCCCAUCUUUUUCUUGUUCCCUCUCCUGAUUAUUCCCCUCUCCCAACCUCACUAGCCCCGCCCAACUCCUUCACCUACACCUGACCCUUGCCACCCCUGUCAUCCUCCAUCUCUAAGACUUUUUUUGUCCAGUCACAUCACGUCCCCCACACCAACACCAUACCUAGCCUGUCCUCUCGCUUUUAUUCCAGCCACACAAGCUGCACACUUAGAUUUACCCUCAGUCCUCUGACCUCUUCAGAGAUCUGCUCUUUACCUACUGGCUGCACGCCAGGCCCCAUGGCUACAGGAGGUCAUGCCCCUGAGAUAGAUGUGUUGAUCAACCUACAACAGGUGAAGGUAGAGGAGGAAGAUGAGGAAGGAUCUGUGGAGGAACAGGAGGAGGAAGAGGAAGAGGAGAAUUGGGAGAAAGCGCUGUCUGUGGAGCGCUUUGGAGACAUUAUUGGUGACUCUGCUUCUACCAGUGGAGACAGGAUGGGCCGACACUACACUGAGAAAGACUUUGAGUAUCACAGACACACAUUUCACCAUACGCACCACCCCCUGUCCACCCACUUGCCCCUGCCCCAGCGUUUACGCAAGAGGGUGCACAGCAUGGACAGAAGGCGCAAAAAAAAGCGGAAGAAAAAAAAGACUUCUCUGCCCCCCUCCGAUGUUACACCCACCAUCCAUGAGGUAGAUGAGGAAGAGGCGGAGUCUGACACAGAUGGACUGGGGGUGGUUGCCACACCCACAGAGCUACCUGAUAUCCAACCACAGUUUAGUUUGGGGAGCCAAGAGGACUUGGAGGAACCCCUUCCACUCACUACCUUCCACACGGAAAACGAAGAACAUCCAUUGUCGAAGACAGCUGCACUCACUCUGAUAAAGGAGGCAGCUCAUAAUGGGGGAAUUGAUGUUCUUAGCCACAGCGACGAGGUGGAUGGGGAGGAAGCAGAUUGCAACAGUGUUCCCCCAGGAUCAGAUUCCUUAAGUUCAACCAUGACCCGCAGCUGGUUCCGCAGGAGGCCUGUACAUCACCGCCUGGCAGGUGCCCAGCGGAGUAACUAUGACCUGCGGGAGCGGAUCUGCAUCGGGAGUAUGACUGCUAUGGAGACUGCCAUCUACCAGCAGGUGCCUACUGAUGAAGCUGAGGCCCAGAUGUUGGCCAGUGCUGAUCUGGAUGACAUGAAAAGUCACAGAUUUGAGGACAACCCCGGGGUGAGGCGCCACCUGGUGAAGAAGUCAUCCCGAUGUCAGGUGACACGGACCAGCAACAGUUCCACACCACUAUCCAGCCUGAAGAAGAAGAAGAGAGCUGCAGAAAAGAAAACUCAUGAGUUGUUUGUGGAGCUGAAUGAGCUUAUAGUGGAGAAGGAUCAUGAAAUGCGCUGGAAGGAACGGGCUCGCUGGAUCAAGUUUGAAGAGGAUGUUGAGGAGGACACGGAUCGCUGGGGCAAACCUCAUGUGGCCUCACUCUCCUUCCGCAGCUUGUUGGAGCUUCGUCGCACCAUCACUCAUGGUGCCAUCCUUCUGGACCUUGAGCAGAACUCUCUGCCUGGAAUUGCUCACCUGGUGGUGGAGACGAUGAUCAUCUCUGAUCAGAUCAGAGCAGAGGACAGACCCAGUGUUCUACGUGCUUUGCUUCUCAAACACAGCCAUCCGAGUGAUUUCAAACAUCGUUUUCACCGCCACCACUCAUCCAGCAGUCUUCAUGGUAGCUUCAAUCACAACCACAUCCCUGACACCAAUCUGCCACUAGUGGCUGAAGAGCAUGAUGAACACCAGGAUAACAAAGGACCAGUAUACGACCCCAAACAAGAUGUGUUUGUCAGCCUGUUUAAAUCUCUCCACCCUCUGCCUCCUGAGAGCCAUCCAGCUGCAGCCAGAUCCAUGAAACUACUCGCCAAGAUUCCCAAAGAUGCUGAAGCUGUCAUUGUUUUAGUUGGCUGUGUUGAGUUUCUGGAGCAGCCAGCCAUGGCUUUUGUCAGGCUGAAUGACGCUGUGCUUCUGGAGUCUGUGCUGGAGGUCCCAGUCCCUGUUCGCUUUAUUUUCGUCUUGCUUGGUCCCAGUCAGUCCAACAUGGACUAUCAUGAGAUUGGACGUUCCUUCUCCACUCUCAUGUCUGAUAAGAACUUCCAUGAGGUGGCCUACUUUGCUGAUGACAGACAGGACCUCCUGAACGGUAUCAAUGAGUUCUUGGACUGCAGCAUCGUCAUUCCACCCUCAGACGUGGCAGGCAAAGACCUCCUGAAGACAGUGGCUGAUUUCCAGAAGCAGAUGCUGCGCAAGAGGAAGGAAAGAGAGCUCAAAAAGCACCACUCCUCAGUUGGAAUGGUGCAGGACAACAAAGAGGUAAGUCCAGAGGAAGAGGAGGAGGGAGACCAGGAGGUAGACCCGUUAAAGCGCUCUGGGAUCCCAUUUGGAGGACUGAUCCACGACAUUCGCCGCCGCUACCCACACUAUGUCAGUGAUCUAAAAGAUGCUGUGGACAUGCAGUGCAUUGCCGCUGUCAUCUUCAUCUACUUUGCGGCACUGUCACCCACUAUAACCUUCGGAGGCCUGCUGGGAGAGAAAACAGAGGGCAUGAUGGGAGUGACUGAACUUAUUGUUUCAACUGCAACUCUUGGAGUUAUAUUCUCGCUGCUUGCUGGUCAACCUCUUCUCAUCAUUGGCUUCUCAGGACCCUUGCUGGUGUUUGAAGAAGCCUACUAUAAGUUCUGUCAGGCUCACAAUUUUGAGUACCUGACUGGUCGAGUGUGGAUCGGUUUCUGGCUCAUCUUCAUCGUCCUGGUGAUUGUGGCAGCAGAGGGCAGCUUCCUCGUCCGCUACAUCUCGCCUUUUACCCAGGAGAUUUUUGCUUUCCUUAUCUCCCUUAUCUUCAUCUAUGAGACUUUCUCCAAGCUCAUAAAGGUGUUUAAGGAACAUCCACUGAUGGCAAUGUACCCAACUGACUCCACACUAGCUACUGGGCUUCGAGAUACUGAUGGCCCCAUCUUCAACCAGCCCAACACUGCUCUUCUCUCCUUGGUUCUUAUGAUGGGCACUUUUUUUGUUGCUUUCUUCCUCAGGAAGUUCAGGAACAGUCGAUUUUUAGGUGGCAAGGCCAGAAGAAUCAUUGGUGACUUUGGCAUCCCUAUCUCAAUUUUGGUUUCAGUGUUGGUGGAUUACUCCAUUACUGACACUUACACACAGAAACUCAAUGUGCCAUCAGGUUUUUCAGUCACAUCCCCUGACAAGAGAGGUUGGUUCAUCAGUCCCUUUGGUGAUAAGCAGCCCUUUCCAACCUGGAUGAUGGGAGCAAGUAUUGUACCUGCCCUUCUUGUCUUCAUCCUCAUCUUCAUGGAAACUCAGAUCACUUCAUUGAUAGUCAGUAAGAAGGAGCGUCGCCUGGUUAAAGGCUCGGGUUUCCACCUGGAUCUGUUGCUCAUUGUCAUCCUGGGUGCCAUCUGUCCCCUUUUCGGCCUGCCGUGGCUCACAGCAGCCACUGUUCGCUCUGUCACUCAUGUCAACGCACUCACAGUCAUGAGCAAGGCCACGGCGCCUGGCGAGAAGCCCAUGAUCCAGGAGGUGAAAGAGCAGAGGCUAACUGGGCUUCUUGUGGCUGUGCUUGUUGGCAUGUCCAUAGUGAUGACAGAUGUGCUCCGCCUCAUCCCUCUGGCUGUGCUCUUUGGUAUCUUCCUGUACAUGGGGGUCACCUCUCUUACGGGCAUUCAGCUGUAUGAACGCAUCACUCUUAUGGUCACGCCUGCCAAGCAUCACCCUGACCACAUCUACGUCACCAAGGUGAAGACAUGGCGGAUGAAUAUGUUCACCAUCAUCCAGCUGGCGUGCAUUGUGGCUUUGUGGGUAGUGAAGUCUACUGUGGCCUCCCUGGCAUUCCCCUUCGUCCUCAUCAUGACAGUGCCACUGCGCCGCCUCAUCCUGUCCAGGAUCUUUGAGGAGCGUGAGCUCCAGGCUCUUGACUGUGAAGAAGAAGAUUCUCCCAACUUUGAUGAAGAUGGACGUGAUGAAUACAAUGAGAUCCACAUGCUUGUAUAAAUUUGAAUUGGACCCAGCCAACAGGACUUCCUCCAGCCUCUAGCUUCAAACAAUCAGAGCAAGCCUCUUGGAAACCUCGCCAUGGCAAAGCAAGAGGAGCUAUCAUAAUGGUGUUAAAUAUACAAAAGCUAUAGCUGGAUUGUUACUUCUUAGCUUUGUUUAUUCCAGUUUUUAAGAGAGCACACCUAAUGUUAGAUCUCUGUGGUGGUAGUGGUUUUGUGUUAACCUUCCUGAAGAUGUUCUGUCAGAGGCUAGCGAAUAACUCUGAGCACCCUACCAGAAGUGGAAGAUGCAAAUCUAGCAGGACACCUAACUUACAUGAACACUUAAUCCAACUUUUUAUCCUAUCUGUCCCUUUAAUUACUGUGCAGGUUCUGGGCAAAAGUGCAAUGAUAAUGGUGACCUCUUGGAAAGUGGCUGGAUGAUUUAAGCUAAUUUUGGCAUUGAAACUAGGAAAUGGAGUCAAUUUCCUUUGAUUUAAUUUAAUUCAGGAAAUGGACUUUCAUCACCAUGUUCAGGUGAAUUGACCCUAAAUUUCAAAGUCCUGAACAAAUUCCACUGCCUUUUUAGUUUAGUAGCCUUCCCUACUGCUGACAAUGCCUAUAGAUUGCAAUGAUGUGCAAGUUAAGCAGACCUUUUCCUUUCUGUACAGACCUUUCGUAAUGAGCACUUUAAGUGGAUGAUAGUUCACUUUUGUUGCUGCCAACCAAGCUCCCUGGCACAAAACUCCUCUCUAAAUGUAGUCUCUUCCUGAAACCUUGAUCUCUACAGAGACUGUGCGAGCCUCUUCAAGGGGCGUUACUGUACUUUGUUAGGUGUAUAAUGCCCAACAUACCAGUCCAUUGACCUUACUAUUGUGACCUUGGAUGUAUAACUGCAUAGCUAAUAUGGUGUCAACCUUAGUUUCCUAUUUUGCUCUGUUUAUUUCUUUUGUGUCCAUUGGACUUGAUGCCACACUAGAUUCUUAGUGAUUUUUUGACUCCAAAAAGCUUAAAGUGGUGUAAACGUAAAAUGUGAAAAUUUGUAGGUUGACAGUCUCAGACAGACAAUAUGUAACUAUUCAUCCAGUCUUUCAUCUUCUCCAGAAAAAUUUCCAAGUGUGGUGCACUUUUAAGAUGUCAUGGAUGACAUAAUGACACACUUGACUGGAAAAGCAUAGAAACUAAGCAAACAUGCAAGCAUUCAAACAUAAAAAAAUGCUGGGGAACAGUUGAGUGUUGGCAGAAUGUAUGAAUGAUGCAUUGUAUAAAAAGACUGUGAGCUUGGAACUAUAACGUACCAUCUGUGCUCAGAGUUGUUUUGAAAUACCCAGAGAUUUAGUUUUCACCUCCUAUAUUGCAAGCCCAUUACAGAAUUUAAAUAACCAUUCAGCCAUAUGCUUUUCAGAAAGCUUACUUGUGCCACACUGAAACACAUUUUGUACAAGCUAUUAUACAUAAAAAUGUUACAAAAUUUCAUAAAGCACUUGAUUUAUCUUAAAUAUGUAAGCACAAAUUCGAGUGCCCCAAGUAUAAGAAAUAGAUGUGGUUUUACUGAGACCAGUAUGUUGAUAUAUUCUGACAACAGUUCUAACAUUACCAAUACUCAAAAUACUUCAUCUUGGAAGAUUUAAGCCUGAGGUGGAGAAUAAACAAGAAGAGAGAAACAUUCACUGGAUGUGAAUACCUCUCAUUUUUGUACAUGUCAACAUCUGCACUGUGUCUGCAACAACAAAGAUGUGUAAAUAGGAACCAGUAAACAAUUUGUUGCUACAGGUAUACAACCUAAACACUAACACUAAAUACUAACACUAAAAAGUGAAACACAACUUGUGAUAUUCUAAAAUUUAAACCCGUACUUUCAAGGGUCAGCAGUGUAUUAGAAUUUAUGUAUGCUAACCAUGAGAUUUAGUCUUAUCUCAUUUCGCUUAACUAUGUCCUACAUAACAAGCCAUGCAAGAAUUCUGUCUCAGGGGAAACUAACCUUCGAUCUGUAAAUAUUGCUUCCCAGUGUUUAGUUUGUUGUCUCUUUUGUGUACAUAAAGCGGUCAAGGCAAUCCAACACUUGCAUAGAAAAAAUAUAUGCCAUAUAGUCCAGGCCUUCAUGUAAUACAAUGGAGAAAAGGAGGUCAAGAGAAGAGAAUAAUGUUUUUACUCCAGUGAGGUCACAUGGACUUUUAUCUGUAAAGUAAUCUUUUUUUCUCCCUCCGUUGUUUUCUUUAGGCCUCCAGUUGAGGCUUCAGUUUGAUGUGAAGCAUAUACCUGCUGCAGUCUGCAUUUGAUUCUGUAGUGUAGCUCAAAAAGUUAACGAGUUACUGAAUGUGCUUUACAUUAGGUCUCCAUAGCAGAUCCAUUUACAAUUGACUCUGUUGUUAAUGAACCUUUUCAACCACAUGUUUAUGUUUCAGAGUUUACAAAGACAGGAAUGGUAAAUUGUGGGCUAAAAUACGUUUUAUCCACUAUAUUUGGCUCUUCUGUGUUCAUGACAUUAUUGAACGUGUGCAAUUCAUUCAGCUAUUUUAUUUGAAUUUUUUUGUGUGUGUGUUUUAUUUUUACAAUUGUAUGCCUUUCCCUCUAAAAAAAAAAAAAAUAAAUUUUGGUCAAAUUUAAAAGAAUUAAGUAAAAAAACAAACAUUUGUAAUAGCCUAUAAAAUAAAAACAUUUAUUUUUAAAUUAUAGAUUUUUAAAGGAUAUGGCCUCUGCGUCCUCAAAAGUAGCUAGCAGUUAAUUGAAAGAAGAGCAGUCUCUUCGAAUUAACCUGGAAUACCAUUUUAGUUGUGAUUAUGAGUUUCAAUUGGAAAUCUAAUAGCCUGUAACCAAAACAAACAAACAAACAACAACCAAAAAAAAAAAAAAACAUUGGCAAGCAAUUUGACAUUCUCAAGACCUUAAAUUCUGUUUAAUAUUUUUUAAGGGCAAUGUUAUGAGUAACAAAAAUAAGAUGGUAAAGUAGUCACAAGGAUCUAUGUUAUCCUUCGUUGUUAGAGAAUACAAGUCUGUUAAGACUGUUAAACACAUCCACAUGCUCUUGUUAUGACAAGAAGUGGUGUGCCUGAAUAGGCCAUAGCUCAGACUUAACUGGUGAGUGUAUACUUAGCAAAACAUCCUUUUAGUAAAAGAAAUUUGAAUUGUGGGCAUUAUUUAAGAUAAUAAAAGGUUUGGUACUGCCACUCUGUCCUGUCUGUGCACUAGAUGUUGAAACAUAUAAGAUGAAAAGAAAAAAAUAUUAUUUUGACCCUCAAGAAGUUCUGCCUUGUCAAUGUUUUCAGUUCACCACAUUUCAUCACCUUAUACCACCACAGUAGCAGGGCAGACCACCUACCCAAAUCUAAGGUUAGGUAAGGUUGUUAUCUUUGAACCUUCUUUAAUUGAGCAUCAUUGGUUUGAGUAAAGAUGUCUGGCAAUCUUGGACUCGUAGCAUAUGGAAUGGUGUAUUAGGUUCAACCAUUAUUUGACUAUAAAUCAGAUAUGUGUGAAACUAGAUCAUCUAUUAUAAGGAAGGUUGGUCACACUCAUGUUCUCAAGAUCAACAGAAUUAUUGAGGAUAGUAUCAUUUGAAUACUGCAAGAAUGGCAUUUAAUACCAAAGGGUUAGUUCCUUAGUAGGAUUAGUUUCCUAAUUUUGGUGUUCAUUGGCACAUAUUGUUGGCAAUCUCCCUUGCUGUAAAUAAAAUACUGUCCUUAUAAAUGUUAUAUAUUUUAUUUUAUUUAUUUAUUUGUUGGUAUCAGAAUUAUGAUGAUGCCA